GAGAAAAAAAAUCAUUCAGUAUUCUGAUUUACAAACAGACAGUUCAACUGUAAUUUCAAAUUUGAAAAAAAAAUACCAGUGUAUAUCAAUCGACAAUUGUAAAAAAAUGAAUCCAGCAAAUCGGAAUGAACAACAACCCAACGAAAGAUGCUAUCUACAAGUGAUGAAGUGCAGAUGUAUCGUCAAGGAAAGGGAUUUAAAUCCUCCUCGUCCUCCUCCUCCUCCUCCUGCUCCCAUAGUAGUAAAAGAUCCUUGCGCGAACUUGAAUUUCAACGAUCCCGACCUUGAUUUCGGAGAAGUAGAACGUGAUCCACAACGCCGCACAGAAGACGCUGAAUUAGUACCAACAAAAUAUCAAUAUCAAGGAAAUCCAUCCCAAGGAAAUCAGUUUCAAGGAUAUCAGUAUCAAGGAUAUCAGUUUCAAGAUGAUCCGUAUCAAGGGAAUUCGUAUCAAGAUAUUCCGUAUGAAGGAUACUCGUACGAUGGGUCUGGAAAUAUCCAAAGGCGUGACACUCGUGACAGGUUUAAAAGAAACGCUAAUCCAUCGAAUGUAAAAUGGGGCAAGAGUUGUACGCGUAAAUUUUUUUGAUGCGAAUGUCUUGUUUUGAAUUACUUACUUACUUAUUGAAUAAACUACAUAUUAAAAUAGACGAAAAUGUAUAAUUGUAGGUAUAAUUUUUAUUCGAAAUAAAUGUGAUUAAAAAGUA